GGGAGUGUUUAUGUUUGCAUAUUAAAAAUUUCCCAGGCCUGAAAUUUCCUAAAAAUAAGGUUAUUUUUGGGCUGAAAAUAAAAUUAACAAAAUAAAAAUCCUAUCCGCAAGAAGAAGUUAUAAACCAGUCUUACACAUUUCCUUACUCUGCCACUGUAAUGGAGUAACUCAAAACGAAGCUCACUACAUCACAUAGACAAACGAAAAUGGCAAGUCUCUCAGGCUUAUCUUCCUCAUCAUCAACAUUUCUAUUCCCUCCAAGAACAACUCUGAGGCACCUCUGUUCCUCACAGAGUGGUUCAAAUCUUCUCCUUAAGAAACCUCUUUCGGUCAAACCUCUCCAAUCUACGGAAUUGGACCAAUCUCUUUGGCCAGAAGUCCACACCUUCUGGAAGUGGCUCCGGGACGAAGGCGUAAUCUCAACUAAGACUCCGGCAAGACCUGGCGUCGUCCCAGAAGGACUCGGGUUGAUUGCCCAGAGAGACAUUGCUCGGAACGAGGUCGUUUUGGAGAUUCCAAAGAGGUUGUGGAUAAACCCAGAUACUGUUUCAGCUUCUGAGAUUGGGAACGUGUGUAGUGGGUUGAAGCCUUGGAUUGCUGUUGCUCUGUUUUUGCUCAGAGAGAAGUUCAGGGACGACUCGCUUUGGAGACUUUACUUCGACAUUCUUCCAAAACAAACCAAUUCGACUAUGUUUUGGUCAGAAGAGGAGCUUUCUGAGAUUCAAGGAACCCAACUUUUGAGCACGACAUUGGGAGUAAAAGAGUAUGUAGUGAGCGAGUUUAAGAAAUUGGAAGAAGAAGUUAUUCUCCCUAACAAGAAGCUUUUUCCUUCUCCUAUCACAAUAGAUGAUUUCUUUUGGGCAUUCGGUAUUCUCAGAUCAAGGGCAUUUUCACGCCUCCGUGCACAAAAUCUUGUUUUGAUCCCUCUUGUAGACUUUAUCAACCACAGCCAUAAAGUAACCUCUGAGGAACAUGCAUGGGAAGUCAAAGGACCAGCAGGCCUUUUCUCUUGGGACUAUUUGUUCUCUCUACGUAGCCCAAUUUCUGUUAAGGCUGGUGAGCAGGUUGUUAUACAAUAUGACAUAAACAAGAGCAACGCCGAGUUGGCUCUGGACUACGGAUUCAUUGACCCCUUGGAAGAACGCAAUGCAUAUACUCUGACACUAGAGAUAUCCGAGUCGGACCCAUUUUAUGGCGACAAGCUAGACAUUGCCGAGGCAAAUGGUUGGAGUGAGACUGCUUAUUUUGACAUUUUUUUUAACCGUCCACUUCCUCCUGCAAUGCUUCCUUAUCUGAGAUUGGUAGCACUUGGAGGCACCGAUGCUUUUCUCUUGGAAACCAUCUUCAGAAACUCUAUUUUGGGCCAUCUGGAGUAUCCUAUAAGCCAUGACAAUGAAGAGCUCAUAUGCCGAGUGGUACGAGACGCCUGCAAAUCUGCUCUCUCUGGUUAUAGCACCACGAUCGAAGAGGACGAGAAGUUAAAAGGAGGAAAACUGGAGUCCAGGCUUGAGAUAGCUGUUGGAAUAAGACAAGGGGAGAAAAAGGUACUGCUGCAAAUUGAUGGGAUGUUCAAGGAGAGAGAAUUGGAGCUUAAUGAAUUGGAAUAUUACCAAGAGAGGAGGCUCAAGGACCUCGGCCUUUGUGGGGAGCAAGGAGAUAUAAUCUUCUGGGAGCCAAAGUAGCCUUUGGAAAGAAAAGAGAAGAAAUUAGACUGGGUUAAGAAGCAGCACAAGCAUAAUCCAACUCUUUUAAUUGUUAGUUAAUAAUUUUGAAUAAUAUUUAAUAACAAAUAAACACAUCAAAUAUAUAAUUAAAUUAAUAGCUAAAUAUUAAUAUAAUUUAUUUUGUUAA